AUGGGGGUCAGUAAUGAUGAUGAAAUGAAGGAAUAUGUGAGAUGUGCCAUUGUCAAUAUGUAUAUGGAAAUACUGAAGGAAUCAUCAUGUGGUGGAGGAUGGGGUUUAUGGUAUGCCUGGUACACCAUGAAAAAGAUGGAAGAAGGGCUACAGGGUGGUUUAAUAACCACAGGUAAAUGUGGGAAUGCAGUGUUUAAAAACAUACAAACAGAGGAAUUCGACAUGGCACACAAGAUUCAGGCAUGGUUAAAGAAAAACAAAGGCGUGACUGACAAGAUUAGAGGGAAAGGAAUAGAAAGCACAUGCAGGAAAAAAUUAGAAGAACUUGACGGGGUAACACCGGGUAAACAUGCCAAAGAUGAAAAGAUAAAACUGCAGCCACAGGAGAAAACACUGAUACAGAAACUAGACCAAGAACUGAAGACCAUAGUUGAGCAGGUAAAGACAGCCGCAGUGCAAUGCGCGCAGGCGAAUGGAGCAUGCAUAGAACCGAGCGAAGAGGACCCCAGUAGCGAUCCUGAGGAAGACGACAGUGAGGCAAAGGCACCAAACUCUGUAAAGAGCGAUAAAACAGCAGAAUCCGGCAAAGUACACGGCAAAGAAUCGCAAAAACCCGCAGCUAAUGACGCGGCCACUACAGCAUCCACGGAACCGCCAGGCGCAGCGAAACCGGCGGCGACGCAGCCGGACACAUCAGAUACUGCAGUAGGGAGGUCACAAACACCGGCAUCUCCAGUAUUACCACAGGCACCACCAGCGGCACCGGCCGGAGGGACAGACGGAGGGCAAGGACCAGCGACAUCUACAGGAACGGGACCAGGAGAAUCAGGGGCAGGACCGGGACCUGGACAACAACCCCCACCUCCACCACCCCCGCGGAAUGCUUCUGAGGACGACCAGAAGGGGAAGAAAGCAGACCAAGCAGGUAAGUGCUCAAAGGCAUCACAGACUUAUACAGUCAAGAAUGCAGGCGACGGUAUCCAUGGAGCCACAUCCAGCACCACUAUCACUUUUGGCACGAGUUCCGGAACUGGUGAUGAAUGUGACACGACGCCCAAUGACUCGGGACCAGGUAAAGACUCUACAGCAACUACAGGCACCCAGGACCCCCAGGUACUAGCAGAACCCGCACCGGGACCAGUACCACCAGCAGGCCCACCAGCAGGCCCACCAGCAGCACAACCAACACCACCAUCACAGGGACACGAUACACCAGGAAAAGGAGUAACUACGGGAACAUCUGGUGAUGGUGAAAAGGGAGAACCUGGGAAAGCGCGUACAGAACUAGGGGGUCCCGCCGGUCCACAGGGUGCUGCUGGUCCAGUUGGUCCACCAGGUGAAAACGGUGCAUCUAGCCCAGUUAAUCCCGUUGGUCAACCAGGUGCAAAAGGUGCAGACGGUAAAACCGAGGGUGGCGGUAGUGGGUAUGACCCCCCUCCUGUCAAUCCACCCAAACCCAAACCGAACCCGAAUCCGGAUGAAGCGUGUAGUAGCGCCACCGGCGGCGGCGGCACAGGUCAGCCGCACGCAAGUGGUUCCUCUGGACCAGGUUCUACUGGUAACCAAACCCCUGGUUCCUCAGGUGCUGGUCCCACGGGACAAACGCCUAAUGCGAAUGUUGAGGCAAAAGGAACCCAGGAGGAUAAAUUACCUGCGGAUACCGCCAUCAACCCUUCCGUUUUGCCCGGCCUCAGAUGGCAAGAUGUCAAGUGGUACACCCCCGCGAUCAUUCCCGCGGUGGUUGGUAUUUGGGUCAUUGCGUUCUUCCUAUGGAAGUAUUUUGCGCACCUCGCCACACGCCGACGAACAUAUCGAACCGUUCGGGACGUGCCGUCACCGCCACUCGACGAAGAAAUUCUAGAGCAUCUACAACGCGGCGAACUGCCGCCACCCGAUUACGGGUACACGAUGGUUAUGGAUAGGCGGCCUGCAUCUGCUGCCGACCGACGACGACGACGUAAACCGCGCGUGCAUAAACGCACGAUUAUCGAGCUAGAUCUAGAAGUGCUCCACGAAUGUGAAGCAACCGAGUGGGAAAGCGUCAAAGACGACUAUUUGCAGAUUGUCGUGGAGGAGUGUGCGCAGGAGUUGAUGCGGGACGUGGACACGAAUAACAGUAUCUUGCAUGUUCCUAACUCGCACGCCUCUGUAACAACCCACGAUUCGACAACCGACCAUUCGACAACCCUGGAUUCAUGUCGACCUAACGAAGAGGACCCCGAUCCAUGGAGUUGUAUGCACACCACACAGUUAGCAACGGACCCUUGUCCACCACAUGACCCCUAUCCAUGGAGUUGUAUGGAAACCAUACAGUUAGCAACGCACCCUUGUGCACCUAACGAAGAGGACUCCGAUCCUUGGAGUUGUAUGCAAACCAUGCAGUUAGAAACGGACCCGUGUCCACCUGACGAAGAUGAUCCCUGCAGUUGUAUGGAAUCCAUACAGUUAGAAACGCGCCCUGCUGCACCUAACGAAGAGCACCCCGAUCCAUGGAGUUGUAUGAAAAACAUACAGUUAGCAACGGGCCCUGGUCCACCUAAUGAACACGACCCCGAUCCAUGGAAGUGUAUGGAAACCACACAGUUAGACCAUGAACAACAUCGCCCUUCCGACCACGGUGACGAGACGUCGGACUACACAACGUGGACACCUUGGAUUGACCGCAACAAGCACCUAUUGCAGGAGUGCACGACGCAGCCGUGGUUUCUGCAAUUAAAAGCGGAUUGGAAACAAUACCUGCGUGAGCACAUUGCGACAGACGAAGACAACGGAGUAUACGGGCACAGUGUACUCGGUGAUGCGGCCACGCUGCCGAUGAAGAAACUGCAUGCAUGGAAAGAAUGGGUUGCAAGACAACAUCGGCACAUGAGUAUGCAUAAGGAGGAGUGGUUUCAACAUUUGUUGAAUAAUGUACAGGAGGUGACAGUGUCGGAACAAGGCGACGUACCUGGAGUCGAAAAAGACGUAGAAGUGGAACAUCUAAUGGGAAUAGAAGAUAUGCUAAGAGUGAGAGCUUUACCAUGCACGCAACUUCAUCAGCAACCUUACAUGCAAAAACCGUUAACCGCUAAAAUAUGGAUGCUCCUUCUCGCGUCCGUAAUCGAACAAUGUGAACUCGAGAGUAGCAUGCAGGAUAGGGAGUUAUAUGUAGAUGAACUAUUGCAACAGUGUUAA